CUGUGGGUGAAGGUGGGGAUCUCGCUAGGCGAGGUGGCAGGAGCAGUUGUAGGGCAGCAGCGGAGGUUUUACUGUCUCUUUGGAGAUGCGAUCAACACGGGAGCAAGGAUGUGCAGCUACUCGGAGGCUGACAGGAUCCACUGUUCGCAGAGCUUCGCGGAGGUGAUGGAGCGACUUCAUCCGGACAUCCCUCUGUUUUGUCGGGGGGUGCAGGAAGUGAAGGGGAAGGGGAAGAUCAAGACCUACUACGUG